AUGAAACCGAAUUUUCUCUAUCUCCUGGUUACAUUUUUGGUGACUGUGAUUGUUCUUCGAACUCUCCUCUUUUCAGAAGCUAAUCAAGCUCCAACUGUAACUGCUCCAGCAGAAAAGGUGGUUCUUCGUCAUGUUCUUCCAGUCAUUACUGAUUAUCCAGUUGUAAAGUGUGUAGAAAAUACCAGCACUCAAAAUUUCCCAGACUUUGAUGGACAGCCACAGAACAUGAAAGAUUUCUUGACAUACCGUCACUGUAAAAGUUUUCCAUUGAUACUUGACUCCCCCAUGAAGUGUAAUCGUGUUAACGGCUCCAAUGAUGUUUUCCUGUUGUUAGCCAUCAAAACAGCACCAGAAAAUUAUGACCGCAGGGAAGCCAUACGAAAAACAUGGGGAGAAGAAAAAAGCUACGGGGGUGCCAAAGUGAAACUAAUUUUUCUUAGUGGAGUUUCAAGGAACAAGGAAAAAGCAAAACGAAUGAUGCAACUGUUAGAAGCAGAGAGUCACACAUAUGGAGACAUCCUCCAGUGGGACUUUGAAGACACUUUCUACAAUUUAACAUUGAAGCAGGUCCUUUUCCAUAAGUGGAUGGAUCUUAGGUGCCCAGGGGCACAGUUCAUUUUCAAUGGUGAUGAUGACGUUUUUGUUAACGCUGUAAAUGUGAUUACAUAUUUGAGAGGCUUAGAAUUUGAUGGACUGCAAAAGCAUCUUUUUGUUGGAGCACUAAAUAUAGGGAUGCCACCUGUUCGUGAAAAGUAUAGCAAGUAUUAUGUCCCAGAACAACUUUUUCCUGGUGAUUAUUAUGCACCGUACUGUGGAGGAGGAGGUAUCCUCAUGUCUGGUUUUACAGGUAAUGCCAUCUCAAGGGAAUCAGCUCGUAUUCCCCUUUUUCCUAUUGAUGAUGCUUAUCUGGGAAUGUGCCUUAAGAAGGCUGGGCUGAGUCCAGAUAACCAUGAAGGAAUAAGAACAUUUGGUAUCAACAUGCCGAAUGCAGUAGACUCAUUUGAUCCUUGUUAUUACCGUGACAUGCUUAUGGUCCAUCGCUUUAUACCCUAUGAAAUGUUAAUUAUGUGGAAAGCCUUAAAAUUUACCACACCAAACUGCAAAACACAGAUAGUAAAUAGAACUAAGCCAGCUCAACCUUAA